AUGAAGAGUUUAACUCUUUCAGAGAUACUUUCUACUUUGAUUAAAGGUGUUGUAGAUUGUAUAGAACUAUUGUAUGAUGUAUUCCCAAUUGGAUGGCCUUGUAAAAUAAGUCGAUAUGUCGGUGGUACGUUUUACGUUAUAAAAGGGAAUAAUUUGAUUGUUAUAAGCACCGAGAGGUUUCUUUCAACCCGUGAUGUUCCUAAAACGUUCAGUGGUACCACUGUCCGUAAAUUAGUGUAUGCAGCGUGGAUUUCAGGGUUUUUAAUGGGAUUGUUUCCAGCAGCAACACUAAAUGGUGUAAGAUACGAUAUUAAUGCUACACAUUACACAAUCGUCUGUAAACCUGAUACCAGUUCUCUACCUAACAGAGUAAUUAUGGUAGGCUUUGUACUAAUACAGCUCGUCAUACCAAGCAUUGCUUUGAUUUGUAUGAACAUCAUCAUAGCCAGAAGGUUGUGGAAAGGAAGCAAAAGAAGGAUCGAUAUACAACGAGAUAACGCCAUUAGGGCGAGGAUGAGAUCACACCAAAUCAAAAAAACUAGUUUAAUUGUAAUUGUCACCAUAGCUACCGUUCUUCCUUAUUCAUUAAUAUUAUAUUACACAGCCUUUGUUGCUGUAGCUAAACCAUCGCUAGAUUUCCAGGAAGAUUUUGUGAUAAGGCAUUUUAGUCGGGUGCUAGUUUUUUCCAGCAGUGCUAUAAACUUCAUCAUAUACCUGGUUCAGAUGAAGGAUUUCCGUGUAUUUUUACUGAAACAUGUUUGCGGCAAGGGUGUUGGAAAUGCUCAAAUUAAUCCUAGUGUAGAAUAG